AUUUCUUUCUCACAGAUUCUGCCUGGCUUGUUCAUUGGCAACUUUAAAGAUGCCCGAGAUGUAGAGCAAUUGAGUAAGAAUAACAUUACGCACAUUCUUUCAAUCCAUGACAGUGCCCGCCCUAUGCUCGAGAAAGUGAAGUAUCUGUGCAUUCCUGCUGCUGACUCGCCCUCACAGAACUUGGCAAGGCAUUUCAGAGAGAGCAUCAAAUUUAUCCAUGAGUGCCGGCUUACGGGUGAAGGCUGUCUAGUUCAUUGCCUUGCAGGUGUCUCCAGGAGUGUAACGUUGGUAGUUGCCUACAUCAUGACCAUCACAGACUUUGGUUGGGAAGAUGCGCUGUCUGUUGUCCGAGCAGCGAGAUCCUGUGCCAAUCCUAACAUGGGCUUCCAGAGGCAGCUACAGGAGUUUGAAAAACAUGAUGUUGAUCAGUUCCGGCAGUGGCUGAAAGAAGAAUAUGGGGAAAAUUCUUCUCAGGAUCUGCAAGAAGCCAAAAAUCUUCUGAGCAAAUACAAAGAGCAGGCAGAGUUACAGCAGAGUACUGGGGGAAGACAGUGGAAUAACAACUUCUCAUCUGUGCCAUCCCUCUCAUACAACAACUACACAACAGAGACCUAAUCAUAAAAAGUUGUUUUUCUUUUUUCUUCUACCUGCUGAAGAACAUCUCACCGUAACUUCCAUCCCACCUUCAAGACUCCCAGCAGUAAUCAUGCAGAGUUGAUUUGUAGAAAGCUUCUUGAUGACAAUACUGUAUGUGUGUGUGUGAGUGUAUUUGACACAGUUUUAUAGUUUGAGCAGCAUCAAGCUCUGUGUGUGCUCAGAGACAUGAUCAAGUAAGUUACUGUGGCUAAGCCAGUCUUGUCAGCCACAGCUAUUCUCCCCUUAUGCCUGUGUAGCCUGGCGUUUGCCCUGUGGAGCUCAGCUCCUUUUGUUGUAGGCUAGCAAAGGGCUCUGAGAGAUGAACUCUGGUGAUUAAAGUUGUGGCAGUUUGACGUUUCUGCCCUGUUCAUUAAGAUGUUAUUGUAUCUGCAGAAAGGAACUUAAAUCUAUGCCUUCGCUGCUCCAGUUCACCGUCCAUUGGCAAGUAAUACCCUGGAGAUGGGCUUAUACCUGAAUGCUCUGCUGUAAACUGGAGCAGGUGAGAUAAUGGGUACAUGUCCCUUUCUACCAACAGCAGCAUCUAGGGGAGAAGUGGGACAGACAGCUCUGAGUAAUAACAUCAACUGCCACAGUUGUGCUUGCUUCAGUGCACGUGAGACAGAGCUGUUGGUAGAACUGGCGCAGACAGACAGCACCGAGACUGUUACCACAGCUCAGCUGAUGUGCACUGAUUUAAGCCCUGGCUACUUGAUUGUGCAUCUGGUCUCCCAACAAACUUCUCUGGAGAGAAGUUUGUCAGAUUUCCAGUGCCACUGAACUGCAUUCCCUGUGGAACGCGUGCCUCUUCAGUACACACUCGUGUGCACAUGAUAAUGUGUCUCCAAAGAGCGGGCUGGGUGUGAGUGUGAGCACCUGUUUCUUUGCUUGUGCUGUGGUUUGCUCUUUGACUUUAGCUACCUCAAAAAUGCUGUUCUUAUCAUUGUGGUUGUAAAUGCAACCUUGAAAAUUGCCUUGUGUAAUCUUAAUUUCACUCUGAGAGAAGUAAGUGUGUGUGAGAGAGGGUGUGUGUGUGUGCAUGUACAUUUCACAAAUGUCUGUAUUUGAGAAGUUUAUUGUUUUCUUUUAAAACCGCCCAUAUUUCUCACUAGUUUAAAAAUUCAGAUGUUUGACUUUCUGCUAUUUUAAAACCACUAUAUGUUUUGCUGUUGUCAGAUUUAUAGGAAUGUAUUUGUAAAAUAUUUUAAACUAGGUUAAAACUAGGGGCCAUACUCUGCUCUUGGUAACAUAGUGUAUAUCUGGAAUGGAGCCAUUGAGUAACUUAAAUGUAUUAUGUUUCUAAGACUGUAACCUCAAAUUAGAGAUGCUGGGCAGUGUAUUGAUUUCUGAUGGUGUAAUGGAGCAUAGCAUUGAUGCCACGGUCAUGGUUUCUUGUCUUUGACUCAGAGGAUGAAGGGUUUAUUUUUCUCGAAGAUUCAAAAAAAAAAAAAAACACACCCCUCCCAAACAGCCAUGUUAAUAAUAAUUUAAAAAACCCUAACUUUUUAAAAUAUACAGUGUAUAUAGUGCUAAAAACUGAGUAUUGAGAGUGAGAGGCAGUCAGCACACUAAAUGGACUGUUGUCAUCUCUUUCAAUACCUUUGUUACUCUGACCUCCCAUCCUUUCACCAAAUUCCUCUUCAUGUGAUUUUUUUUUUUCCUGCUUACUUUGAAUGACAGUGAAUUCUUUGAAUGGGAGUGAGGCUUUUGGUAUCAAAUAAGCCAUAGCCUUGUUAAAAGUCUUCUAAAAUAUAUUUUAUAUCAUGUGAAAUAAGGAUCUUACAAAUCUAUUAUUGCCAAAAGGAGGGGGGAAAAAAAAGGGAGAUGGGUUGCAAAUAGCCUUACUACUUUAUCUGAGUGCCAGCCUCCAUCAUAAUUCUCAUUGCACUAAGUGCUUCCAAGUGUAUUGAACACAGUUGAGAGCAGGAUAAUUAUAUCUGUAUUGCAGUAAGGAAUACUAUUGGACUUGGGAAAGGUACUGGGAGAUACACUGUGUUUGUUUCCAAGCUUAUAGCUAAAUGAAUCACUGCCUAUUUGGGAAAUCUAGCAGACAUGCUCUGUGUUUGUUUGGUAAGAGAAGUAUUGGCCUUUUUUUCCCCCCUCUCCUCAGAGAAGUUGGUCUGCAAAUAAUUGGCUGUUUAGGAGUUUCAGUGCAGCAGGGCCCAGAUUGGCAGUACCCUCUGUGUUUUGAGCAGUGGGUUACUACCUUUUGUGGACGUGGUAGAAAAUAUUUUCUUCGGUAACAGGGUCUGACACAUGGAUUCAGGAUCCUGUGUCAUCAAGUUUAGGAUGUUGGUCUCUCUAUUCAACUCUCUCAUCGUUAAUAGGAUACAUAGUGUAAUUUAAGCCCAUCCCCAAAAGGUAGCUGUCAGAAGUAAUUCUGCUAACGUUCUUGUAGGUAUGCAGCCGAGUCAUCCUGUUGCUGACUGCUGAUGGUGGUAGGUAUUCCAUAACAUUUUUGUCAGUCGUCUUCUGUCCUUGCAAUAGUAAUGUUGUUAGUGCUGAUGAGUUGGCAAGUACUUUUUUGCAUUCUGAAAAAUACAAGACAGAACGGGGAGACAUCUCUUAGUGUUUCUGUGUCUAGGAUUGUUCUCUACUGGAUUUUUUUAAUAGUUAGUAAUCCUCAAAGACUCAUUCCGAGAAACAGGAAUUUUUGUUACACAAAUUGGCUUUAAGGCUAUACAGCCACAUCAACUAUGUGCAUUAUGCUGCAACUAGAAAGCAGAUACAGGGUAAAUCAGGAAGGCAGAGGGGUGCCGUAUUGCCAACAAGUAGAAAUGCUUCUCUCUCUUAUUUAAAAGACCAGAGAAGGUAUUUUCUGUAGACACUUGCUCCUAGAUUUUGUUUAGUGAGCUAUAUAUAGUAUGUACCACAUUUGAGAGUGGUAAAAGAGCAACAGCAGUCUAAGAAAACUUGAAUCUGGUUUGUCUAUAUAGGGAGCAGGAAAGCGGAGUUUACUCCUUUAGCACUUUAAGCUGCAGAAGAGACAGCAGCUACAGUUCUAACCUUUGGUCUCCUAGAAAACAAGAGGAGCCAACAUUGUCCAAGAACGUGACGUGAUCUGUCUUCCAACCAGUCUUUCAGUGGCAGUUUGUAGGACUUUACAGCUAUCUGGAAUAUGAUUAGACCCCAGUCCACAUUUUAGUAGUUGUCCUAUAUAGUGUAGAUGAUGCGUUUGGUUUUUUUUGUGUUUCUGUACUUCAAAACAUUGUCCUCAUUUUGACGUCCACUGGAAAAUGUAUAAAGUUUAUAAUACCUUAUUGAAUAUCCAGAUUUGAAAUGUAUAAUCGAUUUUUUUGUAAACUUGAUAUCCAUGUGUGAUUAUAAGCAAAUUUGUGUUAUACUAUGUAGGUAAUGGGUAAAUGCAUUAGUAUUUAUUACCCUGAUUUUUAACCUGGAAAGAGUUUCUUCCUUACAUUUUGUGGUUGAUUGGGAAGAUAUGGCAAAUCAUAUCUCUGGAUUUUUUUGUGUUUUUGGUUUCUUUUUUGUUUUAAAAAGACAGUAAUAACAUUGGUUGCUAUAAUGGUCACUGCCUAUAAAUGAGUUGGUGAAAAAUUAUAGUAAUUACUUCAGCUAGUUUAAAAACUCUAAAUUUGGUAAGCUUCUUGAUUCUCUGUCUUCCUCUUCUUGGGCAUCUUAGUGAAGCCUUGAUUUGCUUUUUCCAAAUGUUUGUAUUUAAUACAUUCUACAGUUUUUUAUAAAU